GGCGGUGGCGGGCGGCGGCGGCCGGGCCGGGCCAUGGGGAAGGAGCAGGAGCUGCUGGAGGCCGCUCGUACCGGGAACCUGCCCGCCGUGGAGAAGCUGUUAUCGGGGAAGCGGCUCAGCUCCGGCUUCGGUGGCUCCGCGGGGGGAGGCGGAGGAGGAGGUGGAGGCGGCUCCGGGGGGGGAGGCGGCGGAGGAGGCAGCGGGAGCGGCGGUGUGGGGCACCCGCUGUCCAGUCUCCUCAGCAUCUGGAGAGGGCCAAAUGUGAACUGCGUUGACAGUACUGGAUACACUCCACUGCACCAUGCUGCUUUGAAUGGUCAUAAGGAUGUUGUGGAAGUUCUGCUGCGGAACGACGCACUAACCAACGUAGCGGACUGCAAAGGCUGUUACCCUCUUCACUUGGCUGCUUGGAAAGGAGAUGCAGACAUAGUGAAGCUCCUCAUCCACCAAGGACCUUCACAUACCAAAGUGAAUGAGCAGAAUGCUCUUGAGAUCAAAGAACUCAAAAAGUACGGCCCCUUUGACCCAUAUAUCAAUGCCAAGAACAACGACAAUGAGACGGCACUGCACUGUGCUGCACAGUAUGGCCACACAGAGGUGGUGAAGGUCCUUCUGGAGGAGCUGACUGACCCCACCAUGCGCAAUAACAAGUUUGAGACUCCUCUGGACCUGGCUGCACUCUACGGGAGGCUGGAAGUUGUGAAGAUGCUCUUGAACGCUCACCCCAAUCUCUUAAGCUGCAACACUAAGAAACACACUCCUCUGCACUUGGCAGCUAGGAAUGGUCACAAAACUGUAGUCCAUGUCCUCCUGGAUGCUGGCAUGGAUAGCAACUAUCAGACUGAAAAAGGCAGUGCUUUGCACGAAGCUGCUUUGUUUGGCAAGACAGAUGUGGUACAAAUAUUGCUGGCUGCAGGUAUUGAUGUGAACAUAAAGGAUAACAGAGGACUGACAGCUCUGGAUAUUGUGAGGGAGCUUCCCUCUCAGAAAAGCCAACACAUAGCAGCUCUUAUUGAAGAUUACUCCAUUGGGAAGAAAAGUGCCAAAGCUGCAGAGAAGACUGUUCAAGCACCACUUGUUCCCCCCACUGAUCCUGUGGGCCGGGUAUCUCAGGGUGACGUGGAGAAAGCAGUGACAGAGCUGAUCAUAGACUUUGAUGUGAACCCAGAGGAGGAAAGCCCAUAUGAAGCUUUGUACAAUGCAACGUCCUGCCACUCCCUGGACAGCCUUGCCAGUGGGAGAUCCUCAGAUCGAGAGUCUCUGAAUAAGGAACCUGAAUCAACUGGUCUCAAAGCAGCAGGAGUCAGGCCUAGAGAACGCCCACCGCCACCUGCCAAGCCACCACCUGAUGAAGAGGAGGAGCAGCAUGUGGAGAAGAUAGGCCAUGGUGCUUCCUGUGAGGCCUCCGGUGCACGAGGAAAGAGCAGGGGAAGUGGAGCUGAAGAAGAGGAGCACCCUUAUGAGCUGCUGCUUACAGCAGAAACUAAGAAGCCCGUUGCAGUGGAUAGGAAAACGAAAGACCACAGGAGGAGCAGUGGCAGCCGCAGCCAGGACUCUGCCGACGGCCAGGACAUCCAGGUUCCGGAGCAGUUUUCAGGGUUGCUUCACGGUUCUUCCCCAAUCUGUGAGAUAAGUGAGGACCCUUUCAGGCUCGUUUCCUCCGUGGAGAAAGGAGGCACGGAAGCUACAAGCCAGGCACGUGCUAUGCAGCUGGAGGAUGCUGCCUUACCUGCCUGUGGCUCGGUACGGACCAGCUCUCCAGACCAAACCCAGAACGUGGUCUACGCGACCGUGCAGCACACGCACGUCACCCGGGCGGAUCCUGGAGCUGUAGUCACGCCCCACGUGCCCCAGCACCCCGGCGGUGCUGAGGAAGAGGGGGACAGAGCUGUGGGCAGAGCCCACCCAGGCAGCAAACCCAAAGCUGAGCUCAAACUCAGCCGCAGCUUGUCGAAAUCAGACUCUGAUCUUCUGACCUGCUCUCCGACAGAGGACGAUGCCAUGGGGAGCCGGAGCGAAUCGCUCUCCAACUGCAGCACUGGGAAGAAGAGGCUGGAGAAGUCCCCGUCCUUUGCUUCCGAGUGGGAUGAGAUUGAGAAAAUCAUGAGUUCCAUCGGCGAAGGCAUUGACUUCUCGCAGGAGCAGCAGAGGAUCUCAGGUUCACGGAUGCUGGAGCAGAGUGUUGGGGAGUGGCUGGAGUCCAUUGGCCUGCAGCAGUAUGAGAGUAAGCUGCUUUUGAACGGCUUUGAUGAUGUCCGCUUCCUGGGCUGCAAUGUCAUGGAAGACCAGGACCUUCGGGACAUUGGGAUCAGUGACCCACAGCACCGGCGGAAACUGCUCCAGGCCGCUCGCUCCCUCCCGAAGUUGAAACCCCUGGGCUGUGAUGGGAACAGCCAGCCUUCAGUUCCUGCAUGGCUCGACUCCUUGGGGCUGCAGGAUUACAUCCAGUCCUUCCUCUCGAGUGGCUACAGCUCUAUUGACACUGUGAAAAACCUCUGGGAGCUUGAAAUAGUAAAUGUGCUGAAGGUGAACCUGCUGGGCCAUCGGAAGCGGAUCAUCGCCUCCCUGGCAGACAGACCAUACGAGGAGCCACCAGCAAAGCCACCGCGCUUCUCGCAGCUGAGAUGCCAGGACCUGAUGUCCCAGGCGUCGUCCCCCCUGAGCCAGAGCGACUCCUGCACGGGCAGAUCUGCUGAUCUGCUGCUGCCCUCCGGGGACACCGGCAAGAGGCAGCAGGACUGGGGCACCGAGGCUGCUCCCUACUCCAGAGCUGAGCGCUACAAAGCACAGGAGGACCGUCGGGAGUCAAAGCUGACCCUGCGCCCCCCCAGUCUGGCUGCCCCCUACGCCCCAGUCCAGAACUGGCAGCACCAGCCAGAGAAGCUCAUCUUCGAAUCCUGUGGGUAUGAGGCCAAUUACCUGGGCUCCAUGUUGAUCAAAGACCUCCGGGGGACAGAGUCUACGCAGGACGCCUGUGCCAAGAUGAGGAAAUCCACAGAGCAUAUGAAGAAGAUCCCGACCAUUAUACUGUCCAUCACGUACAAAGGGGUGAAAUUCAUCGAUGCCUCAAACAAGAAUGUCAUUGCUGAGCACGAGAUCCGGAACAUCUCCUGCGCUGCUCAGGACCCUGAGGAUCUCUGCACCUUCGCCUACAUCACCAAGGACCUGCAGACCAGCCACCACUACUGCCAUGUCUUCAGCACCGUGGACGUGAACCUGACCUACGAGAUCAUCCUCACGCUGGGGCAGGCGUUCGAGGUGGCCUAUCAGCUGGCCCUGCAAGCCCAGAGAGCAAAGCCCCUGGGUGCUGGGGCAGGAGAAGCCAUUGAAACAAAAUCUUCCAAACCGGUGCCUAAACCGCGAGCCGGCAUGAGGAAAUCUGCAGUGCCGCUCCCUCCCGACACCCGCUGUUGUUACUGUCACACGUGUACAACACACCGCCCCUCCUACCUGCCGCUGCAGUCUGUUAGUCCCGGAGCCAAGCUGGAGCCCCCUGAAGUGGACCAAGACUCCCAGUCUCAUGCCAGCGUCUCCUGGGUCGUGGACCCCAAACAGGACUCCAAGCGGACCCUCAGCACUAACCAAGCCAUCCAGCUGAAAUCCCAACAGAGGAAAUUGGGAUUUUGAGUCUCUCGGGGCGAGUAGAUAGCUCCACGGCUGGAGCAUCUUCUCCAGUGGAAUGGCCACGCUUCUGCAAACCCACCAGCAUGACCCCACCAGGCACAGUGAGGCAGCAGAGGGUGGGAAGGUUCCACUUGUUCAAACAAGCUGCAGCCCAUGGAAAGGGAAAUGGUUUAAAAGCUGCUGUUGAUUUUUCAAGCCUGACAAAUGUGAAAGUCUCCAUUUAGAGGAGUCAAACCAGCAGUGAAAUGGGUCCCUAUCUGCACAGCCACACACUGAUGGAGGCAGCUGAAAGCAAACUUCCUGCUGAGUCCUGGUCCAGAUCACCUACGAGCACAGUGCACCAAGCUGUGAGCAGCCGCCUGGCCAUGGAAGGUUCUCUGCAAACAUGCAAACCCUGUACCAGCAUGAGAGGUAAAGCCCAGUUGGUGUUACAGCCCCUCACUUCCAAGAAGUGGAGCUUGGAGCCUACAAGCUACAGCUUUGGCUCUGCUAUGAGGAAGGCAAUCAGGGGGAAGGGCAGAAAACAUUAUCAGGGAGGAUGUGGAGGGCAGAGCCAGGAGUUUCCCUCUGCCCCAUCAGCCAGGAAAGCUGAUCUUGCAGGAGCCCCUGGGAUUGGUUUUGUGCUGGAUGCUGGUGGAUCUGGGAGCAGACAGGUGGAUCCUGAGGAGCUCACAGCUUCUGAAGUGGUGUUGUCCACCUUGUCCAGGUGAGAAGGUGUUGUGGCAUUGGGUCUGCUGUAGCCUGAUUUUGGUUUGAACCCUUUGGAGAGGUAUCUGCUGCAGUGAUGGCUCUGGGGUGGGUGUGCAAGGUGUCUACGUGCUGUAACACACCGCAUGCUUCACCAAUGACUACAGCAUCUAUUUAUUCCCUUCUCCAAAGCUGGUGCGUGACCUUUUCCAUGAGACAUCCCAUACACAUGAGCUGGCAGUUGCCACCUCAGUCACGACACCCAUGUCCAAGCCGUGGGGACUGGCCACUGUGAGCAAACCAUCAGCCAUCCUGCCCAGCCUCUGCGGCCAGCUCCUGAUCUUGGGGCAUUUCACAGUGAUCUCAUCAUCCAUACACUUAGGGGAUGGGUUGGUGCUGGGUAAACUGAGGCUUGGGGAGGUUUGGCUUGUGGUCACAUAGGCAGUCUGACUGGAGCCCAGGUGUCGUGGUUGGGUGAUGGGCAUGGAUCCAAGGAGAUGCUCCUUGUUCUUUCACCCAUUUGGACAUCUCAGGACCCAGAAUCAGUUUUGGACCUCAUGUGCUGGCUCUCGGUACUCACAUUUGCUGACUUCACUUAAUUAUCGGAGCACUCAGUGCAGAGCUCAGCUCUGGUGACGCUGUGGUAUGGGGUGGCCCAAACCACACACAGUGCUCAGGGAGGGAUUUUGAUCCCUAAAAAAAUAACAAGUUCAAAGGUGGGUUUUGGCUUAAUGCGGUUUAUCUAAAUUGCUUGAUGUUUGCUAAUCUGGAUUAACACAAAUGCUCUUGGAAUGGCUGCUUGGGGAAGGGCUUGCUCUGCUGUUGGGAAGAGGACAGGCUUUUCUAGAAGUGAAAGCUUUGACCAGAAAAGGAAAUAAGAGCCAGGUCCUGGCUGGUGCUCAGUGUGUGUGAGCUCUGUGAACAGAGCAAGUCUGUUUCUAUCCCUGCUGGCCAAGGGGUCCCUCAGCACCUCCAUAAACUAAUGACUGAUCAGCUUCCCCUCUGCCAGCAGAGGAUUAAUCCCCUCUUCUCUCUGGGGUGAUGUGAACCCCUCUUUUGGCUGUUAUGCCAAAGUGGUUGGCACAAUUAGUGAAGGUGAAGGUAAACUGGAGGUCAAGCCCAGAUUUGAAGGUGGUGGUGGUUGGCGUGAGCGUGACCCAGAAGCCAUGUGAUGUGGGUGACGUCCUGGAGAAGCAGGUGAUCUCCCCGUCCUCCCCUUUCCAAAGGCUGGGAUUAGGAGAGAUUUUACAGCUCACUGCCCAGCCUCAUGUUAAGUUUAGGUUUGCAAUGGCUCAACCCCCCUGGCCCCUUGUCAGGAAGGACUUUUGGGUCUUUUGUGGCCAUUUUGCAUGUUAGCAGGGCAGCUCAUGCCUGCCGGGGACCUGACUAUGGGAGGGAUCACCCCUCUGCCAUCUGUAGGGACCUCUUCCCACCUUGAGAACAGGCAGAGAAACACCCAGUGUGGAAACUGGGACUCAUGGAAAGGGAUUUCAAAGCCCAGCACUCUGGAGAGGGUUGUCUCAUGCUUGUGCAUUCACUUGGGAUCUGGGUGCACUUUUGUGUCCCACAGAAUGCUUCUUGUGCAGCCUCAGGCUGGUCCUUGCACCUUGGAGCUUGGUUUUUCCCAUGCAGUGGGGAGAGCAACCUUUUCCAUCAGCUGCCUGUGAUCAAGGAUGCUCAGGUGCCAUAGGAGAGGGCAGACAUCCAUUGGGUCAGCUCCAUGAAGGAUCCAGCUCUCGGCAGCCACAAGCAGCAGCAGGAAAGCAAAGUGCUUCUGCUGAGCUGAAAUGGAAGUUGUAAGUGGGACCUGAUCGCUGCCCAAAAACCAAAGGACUCCCUCCUCCUCCUCCUCCCCUGCCCCAGUGCAAACAGCAGAUUAACAAUUUAUUUGACGUGUUGUGGCUGGUUGGUUUCUUCACCCACUCCCCUGAUCAGAGGGAAUAAGCGUCGCAGUGUGCAAGAAUGUUCAUUUCAGGUGAGGGUAAAUAUAGAAAGGAAAACCUGCUGAGAGCAAGCCAUUUAUUUCUGCGUUUGGAAGCCUCUGCUCAUAAACAGGCAGUCACAGCCAUUUGGAAAAUCCCAGCGUGGUUCCCUUGGCCAUCCCAGAAGAACAUUUACUUUCCUGGAGGUUAAGAAGUUCAUUUUAGAUUAAAAAAAAAUUAAUAAUAACAUAAUAAUGGCAUCUCCCAGCUGCCCUCGGGGGUUCAGGGCUUGUUGACACACUGAGGCUGCUGUGUCCUCACGUGGAACUGCUCCAAUGCAGGAUCACAGAGAUCCUGUAGGGCUUUCCCAGCUGGCAGUGCUAUGGGGGAACCUUGGUUUUGGGGUUCCCCUUGUUUCCCCAGCUUAUCA